AUGAAAUCAACCCUGCAAAGUAUAUACCAACGGGAUUAUUAUCGUCUGGUAAAGACAAUUCGAGACCAGCCAGAAGCGACUCCAGAGAAGGCUGCGACAGGGCAGAUUGGCCACUCAAACUACUUAGCCACCCUUUUGUAUCUAUCAGCCGGAAAUGCGAGCCCUCUGGCCAUCUUCAAGAUCCAAGAGGGCAAUGAUUUCCUCAUGCGUUCCAUGUGGGAACCAACCAUGGUGCUGUGGCGGCAAGAAUUUUGGGUCGAUAUGAAAGCAACUGCUGAGUGA